AUGAAAAAAUUCAAAGAAAAUCCUAAGUUAGGCACAACUGAGUUCAGAAAUGAAGUGUGCACAACUUUGAAAGCAAGUGUCUCCAAAUCUAAAGCCUAUAGGGCAAAGCAAAAGGCACUAAAGGCUAUUCAAGGUUCAGAAGAAGAACAGUUUCAAAAAAUAAGAUCUUACUGUGAAGAACUCAAAAGAACAGACACAAAUGCCACUGUUGUUUUAAAAUUGACAGAGGACACAGAAGGUUUGAGGUUUCAAAGAUUGUACAUUUGCUUUUCCGCUUGCAAAGAAGGGUUCAAGAAUGCUUGUAGAUCUGUCAUAGGAGUGGAUGGGUGUUUUUUGAAAGGGCAGAGGGGUGGACAAUUAUUGGCUGCAGUUGGGUUGGAUCCAAACAAUAACAUAUAUCCAAUUUGUUAUGCUAUUGUUGAGGGUGAAACUAAGGAAACCUGGAUGUGCUUCCUUCAGUUGUUAGAUGAAGACAUUGGCUUUGAGGAACAACACAAGUGGAGAUUUAUGUCUGAUAAACAAAAGGGACUUAUCCCUGCUUUUAAAACUCUAUUCCCAGGUGCAGAAAACAGAUUCUGUGUAAGGCACUUACACGUUAAUAUGAAGAAGGAUGGCUUUGGGGGUAUGGCAAUUAAGAGUGCACUGUGGGCAGCUGCAAAAGCCACUAGAAUUGAAGAGUUCAAGAGGAGAAUGGAAGAACUGAGGGCUAUAGAUGAAGCUGCAUACAAUUGGUUAGUGAAGAAGCCUCCUCAAAAUUGGACCAGGUCUCAUUUCAAUCCAUUUCCUAAAUGUGAUAUCUUGUUGAACAAUAUGUGUGAGUGCUUUAAUUCUUUCAUCCUUGAUGCAAGAGAGAAACCAAUAAUACCAAUGCUUGAGUGUAUAAGAAAUCUGUUGAUGGCUAGAAUGGUGUUGAAUAGGGAAAAGGCUCUAAAAUGGGAUACAAGCAUUUGUCCCAAGAUCAGAAUUGUCUUGAUAAAGAAUAUGAAAGAGGCUGGUGAGUGCAUCCCAAUGAAAUCAGAUGAGUGGAAUUUUCAGAUAGUGGGGAUGUAUGAUCAGCAUACUGUUGACAUAAGAGCAAAGAGUUGCAGCUGCAGAAGAUGGGAUUUGACAGGUGUGCAAGAAUCUAGGGAAGAACCUGAUCAAGGUGGGCAAGAAUCUAGGGAAGAACCUGUUACACAACAAAGCACUGCUGCAAUGAAUGUUUCUCAAAGAGGAGAAACACAAGUUCCACAGAGGAAUAUGCAGAUGCAGAUCAAUGAAGGUUCAAGUGUAAGUACUCCUGUCAUUGUCAAGGGAGGAGUUAAUUUCAUCACAAUGUCCAACCUCAGAUCUGCUUUUGGUAUCCAAGGCUCUACAAGUUCUGCAAAUCCAUUCACUGCACCAAGGCCAGCCAAAAAGCCAACACAAUCAAAGAAUGGAUCAAAGAAGACCACAUAA